AUGGAUUGCCUCUCACAACACAACGGUGGGUUUAUCUCCACGACCAAAGUCCCCAUCUCAAAAACCUCACCGAAAGCAAGCCGGAACCAUAGAUGGUUCAUCGUGUGUGCGAAGCAAGAGAAAUAUGAGGAGAAGAAGGAAGAGGAGACUUUUUUUUUCACUAGACAACUACCGGAUGCAUUCGAUUUUUCACAGGUUCAGUCGGAGAAAGACGUCGAACUUUUCUAG